CUCUCUCUCUCUCUCUCCCACCCCCUCUCCAACACUCCCAACUUUCUCCCCUCUAUUAAGUUCCAAGCUUCUUUCAAUCUGAAGUGAACAACAUAUUCCAAACAGGUGUUCCAGUAUCUCCCAUCUUGUCUACUCCCUUACUGAACCAUCCAUCUCUCUCUCCCCUUUCCUCCUCCCAUUCUCCAUUCUUCAUCCCCACAUCCACCUCUGAACUGCUGUUAUCUGUGUCUCUACCUUCCUUCUGUCUUCAACCUUCCUUUCUUCUUUUUGGGGUUCACCCCCCUUCAAUUAUUUCCCUGCUUCUCUCUCUUCACCCUCUUUCCCAUCCUCUUCCCUCUUUCCCUCCCUUCCUCUCUCCAUCCGGGCCUCUGUCGGCCUCUGGUAGAGGUCACCAUGUGGGCCAACUACAUUGUCCAGCCGGAGGAGGAUGGCCGUAUGGGGGUGGUAGGAGCAGGACCCCAUGGGGGCCUGGCAGGGGUGAAGGGAGUUGGGCGUGCUACAAGGCGGACCCCUAGGAUGAGUGACAGCCAGGAGGGGAAGAUCAAGCUGGCGUUCUUUGUGGCCAUUGUGGGCGUGACCCUGACAGUGCUGGGGGUGGGAACAGAGUUCUGGGUGGAGCUGGCCACGCCCAAGACCUGGAGUAACAACCAGACGUGUCAGACAGCCCACUACGGCCUGUGGAAGGGGUGUACCCGCACCCUGUGGGUGGACGACAUCAACCCCGAGAGAGAGAGCUGUGGCCCCGCUGACCUGCCCGGAGAAUCCAACUGCACUUACUUCAAAUUCUUCACCAAUGGAGACAACGCAGUCAUAUUUAUGAAGACAACCCACAAGAACCUGAACAUAGCGGCUGCUAUCCUAGCAAUGAUAGCUUUGUCUAUGAUGGUGAUGGGAGCAAUCUGUAUCACCAUGUCCCUCAGUAAAGGAGUACCCUUCUUCCUCAAGCCCGCCUCCUUCUGCUUCAUCCUAUCAGGUCUACUGGUCCUGCUGUCUAUACUGGUGUUUCACCAGUCAGUGCUGGCCCUGUUGUCAUCUGACCACUCCAUACCGCUCCACCACGAGCUUUCCUGGUCCAUUGCCUGUGUGGGCUUCGCUGGGGCCAUCCUCAUCAUGGGGGGGAUCCUUUUCCUGAUCCUCUCCCUCCCUUAUAGCCCAUGGGAAAAAUGUCUGCCUCAACGCAACAGCAGCACUACCUAGCACAUGGGAGGCCCAAAAGCUGUGGGGAAAAAAUUGAGUCGCAAUCAGGAUCGCAAUCAAACUCCAGUCCUCGAGGGAAGCACUGUCUACUGGCUUUAGUUGUCAAGUAUAAAUCAGACACUGAUCAGAACAAUUACAACCAGUAGACACUGAUGCCACCCAGGAGUUGAGUUGGAGACCCCUGUUUAUAUUGUCAGUUAUAUUGUCAAACUAGACUGAAAGACUGACUAACUUGUAGGUCGACACAGUGUUUACUUAAUGCAAUAACAAUGAUGCUCACUAACUGUGCCUUGAACUCUACAAGCCUGCCCUAAAGCCUGCGACCUUACCAGAAAACACUACGUAGACCACAACUUCUCCACGUUUUGUCAUCAUGACCAACCUAUAGCUUUUAGAAGUUUCUGAUGACCUACCAAAGAACAAGCAAUGUUUCUAAGCAGAACACUGCGUAGACCACAACUUCCCCACUUUUUGGCAUCAUGACCAACCUAUAGCUUUUAGAAGUUUCUGAUGACCUACCAAAGAACAAGCAAUGUUUCUAAGCAGAACCAGGGGGGUAAUGCUGGGUUAAACAAAACCAAAGCAUGGAUUGAUGUCUUAACGUGUCCAUUGACUGCUAACAGGGUAAGGAAACCAAUAUGUCAUUUAGUUAUUGAACUAGUUCUUUAAACACAACGCCAACCACACUGUAGUUGUAGAUAAAGACCCAGCAGUGGGGUGCAGCAUCCUGUCUGUACUAUGAACUAUGUACUAACCAUUACUUAUUGAUAGUGUUACUUAGCCAAUGAAAUGGUAACAUGGUAACCGUGGUAACAUGUAGGUCACUACCGUUGCUAAGGGAGGAGAUGCUAUAUUGUUUCCAGGAAGUGGCAUAGCCAUCCCUGCUACAUGAAACGCCUUGCAGGUUGUCACUAUUAAUCUAUUAUGAAUGAUUAUGACGUCUUACACUUAAUACCUAUAAAUAAUAUAUGAUCUAUUUAUUAUCUACACAUUGUCCACAUGAAUGAAUGCUGUUUUUACGUAAGAAUGUGUGAAUGAUUUAAUGUAUGUAUGGAAGAUAAAGAUUUAUAUUUGAGAGUGUAUUGUAUAGACUCACUUUACAAGCACAGCUCUGUACAGUGCCUUGCGAAAGUAUUCGGCCCCCUUGAACUUUGCGACCUUUUGCCACAUUUCAGGCUUCAAACAUAAAGAU